AUGUUCUCUAUUGAGUGGAUAAAGAGGGAAUAAACCCCAGGGAGUUUUCCCUUCCCUUCAUUUUACUUGCAUGAGUAAAUGCUUCUCAGCAGGAGCUUGGGUGACAGGAGCAGGCUCCUGGUCGGAUGUGCUUUCCUCCUUACAAAACAAAUUGCAGACUGUGCGGCAUUGUGUGCAUGUGUGAUAAGUGUGGAAUGUGUCACCGCAUCGUGUUUAUACAGUGCCCGUCUGAUUAGUGAACUAAAAUCUCCUCUUGAAGUCCUUUGCCAUGAAGUCAUCAGCCAGGAGCAAUGGUGUUUGUCUCAGAUGUCCCCUGCUCGCUGCAAUCGCAGUGGACGAUAUUGGGGAUUCUUCAACUAGGACAGAUGUUAUUGUCAUUGCAGGCGUUAUUGCAGCAAUUGCUUUUGUCCUCACCUGCCUGGUGAUUGUGAUGCUUCGGUACCUGUACAGGCACAAAGGCACCUACCACACCAACGAGGCAAAGGGAACUGAAUUUGCCGAAAAUGCAGACACCGCUUUGAAAAACGACCCUGCUCUCCAGGAGGCGGUGGAUGAGAGCAAAAAGGAAUAUUUCAUCUGAGAGUUAAAGAGUCCACAUGAAGACUUCCUUCAUGCUCCUUUCCCCAAGGGAAUCAAUCAGAAGCACUGCAUCCACGGCAACUUCAAAAGAUGGAUAUUGCAAGGGUAUAGGCAAGCCUCCUAAUUGAAAUGCUACUUCUUUAUUCUUCCCCGUGAUGAACUGAAUGCCAGAUACUUGGCUGUUGAUUUUAUUAGCAGCACAGCUGGUCACAGUUGAAUUCAAUAUCAGAUAAGAAGAAACAAAAUCUCAGUAUGAGUGAUAUACCAAUACUAGAUAAUGAUAUCAAAUGUCAAACCUUGACAUUUGGUGAAAAUAACAGCUGCCAAUGGAAAACAUUCACUCAAAGUUAAUGAUGCAUCCUACGCUGAUAUUAUACAGGACUACCUGAAAAUGAAAUUCAAAUGGCAAUAGAACAAAUGCUAAACCAGAUAAAGCUGAGGUUACCAGAACAAAUAUUGAUUUGCAGUCCAGAUUUUUCCCCUUUAAAUGUGUGCAUUUCCAAGUGUAAGGAUCUGAGGGCCUUGGGGGGAAAGAAGUUUUUAGAUUUUUGUUUUUUUUAAACCAAAGAUAUUUCACAGAAACAAAAUACCAUAGCAAAAGGUAGGAAAAGAGUUAAGAGUGAAGGUUUUUUUAUUUAUAACUGGCUUUGCAUGGCAACUUGAGAAUUGCGAUGGGUUGGAUACUAUAGUGUACUAGGUAAUAACCAGUAGGCUUAUGAAUAUGAUUGUAAAUAGCCUCUAGGUCCCUUGAACGCAUGCCAAAGUAGGUAGAUAGUUAAGGUAAAGAGUAUUGGUUAGUGUAGGGUUUCUGAAACACCCGAUCUCAACUAGAUCUUAGCGGAGAGAUUUUGCUCUGGUAUUUAUUUAUUUAUUUUAUUUUGGAGAUUUCUUUUGAAAAAAACAUCAGCUGACAUUUUGGGGAAUUGAGGCUACUUAAGGGGAGAAAGAACUCUUAGCAGUUCACUAUAAUGAAAACCUGUAGUUGUUUGAACCCUAUUCCUUUGCAUUGAUUUCACCUUUUUUUUUCCACCCCAAUGGCUUUUAAAUAUUUCCACGUGGCACUGGAUACAAAAAUUACACCGAGCAUCCGCUCUUUAAAAAAUAAAUUGGAAAUACUACAUAACAGCAAAGAUCCUGCUCAUCACAAAAGAAUUGACUGUGAUGAAUUCCUUCACCCCAACAAGCUGUCUGCCUAAUUGAAGCCAACAAUUAGUGCAAGAAAUUGGAUUAAUUGUUUUCUGCACCUGCCUAUCACCAGAUGCAUGUAUGCUCUUAACUAUCAAAAAUAGAGGAGGGAGGGACAUAAUUAAUCACAAAUACUCCAUUUACCAGCUAUACUCUUUGUACUCAACAGUCUUUCUAUGUUUUGAUUAAAAUAUAUAUAUCUAUAUAAAGUUA